UCGCAAGGUGAGAAACUCAAACGAUGAAUUCGAGUCGCAGGGGCUGAACUUCCUUCGGUGCGUGGAUUUUCUGUUCGAAUUGGAUUGGUGAUCGUCUGAUGAGAGUUUAGAAGAGGAUUUAGCAAGCCACUGUCCAAGAUGUCGAUUGGUGCCAUGGGUGUAAUGAAAGGGGGGAUAGUGAUGUCCAAGAACAAUAAGAAUGAAUCCGAAAAACCUCCGGAUCAACAGGAGGGCAAGGGCGAAUUACUCGAGAUGUUCUCACUCAAGGCCCUCAGCAAGCCCAAAGACAAACUGAUGCAAAAGUUCACGAAGCAGGAUGACCAGAAAGGUUUCAUGGAUCAGGACGAGUUGGCUGAGCCUAUCGAGUUGCCCAAGCACAAGCAAAGCAAAGCCUUUAUGGAACCCAACUGUCCCUGUUGCAAGAACAUGUCGAAGCGUUUCACGAUCGCCCUGCUCUCUUCCAUUGGAUUCCUCAUCAGCUUCGGCAUCAGAUGCAACCUGGGAGUCGCCAUCGUCGAAAUGGUGUCCAACAGGACGAACAACAGGACUCCGGAAUUCGACUGGAAGCCUGAAACAAUCGGGAUUAUCGAUUCUUCGUUCUUCUGGGGUUAUCUGGUCACACAAAUUCCUGGUGGAUUCUUAGCGGCGAAGUACCCAGCUAACAGAGUGUUCGGCACAGCCAUCGCCGUUUCUGCUUUCCUCAACAUGUUGCUCCCGGGAGCUGCCAAAGUACAUCCAGUCGUCGUCAUCCUGGUCCGGAUACUGCAAGGAUUAGUGGAGGGAGUGACGUAUCCUGCGUGUCACGGAAUUUGGCGGCAUUGGGCGCCACCCAUGGAAAGAAGUCGUCUAGCCACCCUAGCCUUUUGUGGCUCUUAUGCGGGUGCUGUGGUGGGGAUGCCUCUAUCUGGGUUCCUCACGGACUUGGCUGGGUGGCAGUCCUGCUUUUACUUUUAUGGCGCUGCUGGAAUGGUGUGGUACGUGUUUUGGAUAUGGCUGUCGUUCGAAAGACCUUGCACCCAUCCAACCAUCACCCAAGCGGAGCUCAUUUACAUCGAGGAGAGUAUAGGGAAAGUGGCACAAUCCACUCCGACGCUGCGGACGACGCCUUGGAAAGCAAUGUUUACUUCCAUGCCGGUCUACGCCAUCAUUGUGGCCAACUUCUGCCGAAGCUGGACCUUUUAUAUGCUGCUCAUUUCUCAACCCAUGUAUCUCAAGCAGGUCUUCAACUUCAAUAUUGAAAAGUCUGGUGUUCUUGGAGCCCUGCCUCAUCUCUUGAUGACAAUAGUGGUGCCCAUCGGUGGUCAUCUGGCCGAUUUGCUGAGGCGGAGGGAAAUACUCACGACCACUGCAGUGAGGAAAAUCUUUAAUUGUGGAGGUUUUGGCUUAGAGGCUAUUUUCUUACUCAUCGUUGGCUAUACCCGCAGUACUGUGGGUUGUAUAGCUGCUCUGACUAUUGCAGUAGGUUUCAGUGGUUUCGCAAUAUCUGGCUUUAAUGUGAAUCAUCUUGAUAUCGCUCCUAGAUAUGCUAGUAUCUUGAUGGGAAUUUCCAACGGAUUUGGUACGUUAUCCGGCAUGAUCUGCCCCAUUGUGGUCGAAAUACUCACUGAAAAAGAGACAGCUGAUUCGUGGCAGCGAGUCUUCAUUAUCGCCAGUUGCAUCCACUUUGGUGGCGUUAUAUUCUACGCCAUCUUUGCAUCUGGAGAGAAACAACCUUGGGCCGAACCACCAGCUGAGGAUGAAGGCCCCUCUUGGAACCCUCUGGAAAAUGCUUUCAGCGAUGUAAAGCAGAACGGGGCACCUCAUUUCGCCGAGGAGACUUCCCUGACAGAAAGCCAACCACUUCCCUCUUACGGAUCCACCGUCACAGAUUAUGCCUACCAACAACAGCAACCCGUCUACGAGACUCAACCAGAAAUGGUGCAACAGCCUUCGACGGACCGGUACAUGCACGGCACCGUCGAAGAGCGGGAAUACUAGGAACCUAAUGCAAAUGGAACAAUGUGGACUCAGUUUGAAUAAAUUCUCUUAACACAUGCCUUAAGUUUGAUGGCAGGCCAGAUUCUGUCGUCUAGGUAGCUAGGCUGCUGCCUGAAGAUGGGAUUUUUUCCGAGUUGAGAUAUUGAGCCAAAGCAAUAUAGUUUAUAUCACAUAGGAGAUGCAUGAAUUCGGAUCGAGACAGAUCUGAGAUCAC